GGGACCCAGCGCGCGUAUAAAUACCGCGAGGCGACCCGGAGAGAGCUAGUCAUUUUGGAGAGCGCAAAGCCAGCGAGGAACUCCUCAUUUCACUUCAGCCGAUAUUUAUUUAUUUAUCUAUUUAUUCUGAGCCUCGCUUUGGGAUGAACAGACUGCUUCUGAACUUUUUCUGGGUGGCAGCAUUCAGCGCACUCCUGUCAGCGCCGGGGCUCCGGGCUUCUCCAGUUGUUGGGCAGGAACCUAUCCGCUGCGCCCCGUGCUCCCCGGAGCGGCUGGCCGAGUGUCCCGCGGUGGACGCCGGCUGCGAGGAGGUGCUUCGAGAGCCCGGCUGCGGCUGCUGCCUCGCCUGCGCGUUGAAGAGAGGCGACUCCUGCGGGAUCUACACUGCGCCCUGCGGCUCGGGGCUCCGCUGCUUGCCCAAACCCGGAGAAGCCCGGCCCCUGCACGCGCUCACCCGAGGACAGGCGGUGUGCACCGAGACCCCCGAGACCCCCGAGCAGAAACAAAGCGACAACACGUCAGACCACCCGGAGUCGCACAACGGGCCAGCGGCAGGGAACGAAGGAAGCUCGACGGUGUUCGUGCCCAGCCACGGCAAGCCCUUCGACCCGCGGGUCAUCACCGCUAAAGAGAGCAUGAAGGCCAAAGUCAACGCAAUACGCAAGAAACUCGUGGAGCAGGGUCCUUGUCAUAUCGAACUGCAGACAGCUCUCGACAAGAUCACUAAGUCACAGCAGAAACUGGGAGACAAAAUGACCAGAUUCUACCUUCCGAAUUGCGACAAACACGGCCUCUACAAAGUCAAGCAGUGCGAAUCGUCUCUGGAUGGUCAGAGGGGGAAGUGUUGGUGUGUGUCAUCCUGGAACGGGAAGAAAAUUCCUGGAUCAAGUGACCUGCCAGCAGAUGCCGAGUGUCCCGAGGAACUCAACCACUGAUCUGUCUCACACACAGAUGCUGGGGGAUCUGAAGCGAUCUCUCUCACACACACGCUACACCACUGAUUUCUAUCGUUAUAUUUUUAAAAGGAUAUCUCAGUAUUUAUUUAUUGUUAGUGCUGGUAUUUAAUUCAGGUACACUGUUUCUGAUUGGUAAACUCCCUAAACUCACCAAAAAAAAAAAAAAAAAGAAGAAAAAAAAGAUUUAUUUUUCUGUAAAGAAAAUGAAUAUGUAUUUUACAUGAAGUACCCAUACUUAUUUAUUUAAGAUGAAUGUAUUCAUUUCGAUAUCUGGACAAGAAUAUUUAUUCUUUAUGCCUUAUACCUAUUUUUGUAUGGUGUAAAUCUGUAUAUUUGCUGUAUAUAGAUGACUUUGUCUCUUGUCUCGAGUUUCCUUCAGGCUUGCUUUGUUGGGAAGGACUGAUACGGAAAAAAAGCACUGCAUGACCAAACCUCUUUGUCACUGUCCAUACAUUGCCAUAUUUUUAUACUGUAUAUGUUUUUGUUAUUAUUAUAUUUUACUAAUGAAUUCUUCGUUUUUGUUUAUAAUUAUUGAGACGGGCAUAAAAGCGGGAAUCUUUUUUUUCCCCCACAGUUCUGUGUUUUAUACAUGCAAGAGUAUUGAUUUUCACAGCUUUUGAAACGGGUAACUGCCUGUUCCUACCUCUCUGUCUUUUUAAGUUAAUUUUACAUUUUUUUUUUUUUAGAUCAAGUGUUUGUAAAUUGCUUGUCUGUAUGAUCAAAGUGAGAUUACAGUCUUACUGUAUUUGUCAUAUUUGUGUUGUCUGCAUACUGUGGUCCACUUAUUAUUAUUUUUUUUUUAAGUGAUGAGAAAAAAAAAAAAGACAUUCAGACGUUGCUUCACUCCAAAGCAGUCGCUCGUGUGUAUGAUAUAUAUUUUUCACGGUUUGUAAUUGUGUCAUUGUGGGUAAAAGGAAAAAAAAGAACUAUUUAAUAAAUCAUCUUUACAAGCA